CUGCAUUCCAGCCUAUCAUUGUGAAUUACUCCAAGAAAGAAACCGCAACAACCUUUCGUUUAUUCAGUCUCUCCAAAUGUCCGUCACUAACGCCUUAACGAACUCUCAGUGGAUAUUUUGAUACGUUUUAAUAGUACUGAGUGAGUGUGCAUCACAGGUGAAGAUGGCGAGGGGACCGUCACGGGGAAUAUCGCUCGGCGCACCGGUGCUUGUGUUUCUGUCGCUGCCGCUCGUUUUUCUCGGUGGUUUAUCGGCGCAGGAAUUGGCCAUUAACGGUGUCAACGGAUUUAGUUUGCACCCACCUUAUUUCAAUCUAGCGGAGGGGACAAAAAUCACGGCGACAGCAACCUGCGGAGUGGACGAGAACGGACAACCGAUUCAAGACCUGUACUGCAAACUGGUCGGGGGGCCCGUGUUGGGGGACCCUAGUCAAACGAUUCAGGGCCAAUACUGUGACAUCUGCACGUCAGAAGACACUAACAGAGCCCACCCAAUCAGCAACGCCAUUGAUGGCACUGAACGAUGGUGGCAGAGCCCUCCGCUCUCCCGCAGUACAAAAUACAAUGAGGUCAAUGUCACCCUGGAUCUUGGACAGCUCUUCCAUGUCGCAUAUGUGCUCAUCAAGUUUGCCAAUUCCCCUCGGCCAGAUCUGUGGGUGCUGGAGCGCUCCAUUGACUUUGGGAAAACCUACCAGCCAUGGCAGUUCUUUGCCUCCUCUAAGAGAGACUGUAUUGAGCGGUUUGGCCAGAGGACUAUCGAGCGUAUCAAUCAUGACAACGAUGUCAUCUGCACAACAGAGUAUUCACGUAUUGUCCCUCUGGAGAAUGGAGAGAUUGUGGUGUCUCUGGUGAACGGGCGACCAGGUGCGAUGAACUUCUCCUACUCUCCUAUGCUGAGGGAGUUCACCAAGGCUACCAACAUCCGCCUUCGUUUCCUCCGGACAAACACUCUGCUGGGUCACCUGAUGGGCAAAGCCCUGAGAGACCCCACGGUCACACGACGAUAUUAUUACAGUCUUAAAGACCUCAGUAUUGGAGGAAGAUGUGUGUGUAAUGGCCAUGCAGAGGCCUGUAAUGCCCAAGACCCCAAUGACCCGUACAAGCUUCAGUGUGACUGCCAACACAACACUUGUGGACCGUCAUGUGAUAGCUGUUGCCCUGGUUUCAACCAGUUUCCAUGGAAACCAGCCACUACGUACAGUGCCAAUGAAUGUGAACCAUGUAACUGCCAUAGACACUCAUCGGAGUGCUACUAUGAUCCAGAGGUAGACCAGCGGAGAGCCAGUCUUAACAUGCUGGGAGAGUACAGGGGCGGAGGAGUGUGUAUAGAGUGCCAGCAUCACACCACAGGCAUUAACUGUGAGCGCUGUAUUCCUGGAUACUACAGGUCACCUGAACCCCCUCGGGAGCUCCCAUUCACCUGUUCAAAGUGUCAGUGUGAGUCAGAGUUCAAUGAUGGCACAUGUGAAGACUUGACUGGACGCUGUUACUGUAAGCCCAACUACACUGGUGAGAAAUGUGAUACAUGCGCAGAGGGAUACGAACACUUUCCUGCCUGCUACCAGGUGUACAUUAGUGGUGAGGCCAAACCUGCGGGAGAAAUCAUCAACUGUGAGUGCAGCGCUGCAGGAACAGAGGGGAACUCUUGCAGGCCAGACCCUCGCACCAAUACAUGUGUGUGCAAACCUGAAUUCACUGGAGACCACUGCGACACCUGUGCUCAUGGAUAUUUCGGCCUUAACUGCCAACGCUGCCAGUGUUCAGGCCCGGGUUGUCUGGAUGGGUCCUGUGACAGAGUAACGGGCGAUUGUGUGUGCCGGAGUGGGUUUCAGGGGUAUUCAUGCGAGCAGUGUGCACCUGGCUACUUCAACUACCCGCUGUGCCAAUUUUGUGGCUGUAGUGUUGUGGGCUCUUUACCUGAGAUGUGUAAUACAGCUGGUCAGUGUUUGUGCAGGCCGGAGUUCACCGGUCCUCACUGUGAGCAAUGCCACUCAGGCUUCCACUCCUAUCCAAACUGCCAGGUGUGCACCUGUGACCCUCGUACAUCUCUGGAAUCCAGCUGUAGUGUCUCGGGCCAGUGUCACUGCAGACCCAAUUACAGUGGCCCCAAAUGUGAACAGUGUGCACCAGGAUACUACGCUUAUCCCAGCUGCACACCAUGUCAUUGUUCAGUGGAGGGCUCUCGCUUCAGUUCCUGUGAUCCAGUAUCUGGUCAGUGUGUGUGCCUGCCCAACAUUGUGGGUCAGAGGUGUGAUAGCUGCAGCUCUGGAUCACAUGGCUUCCCCCUCUGCCAAGCUGGCACCUGUAACCCAGCAGGCUCUGUGCAGAAUGAGAUCCUACCCACUGUGGGCUCCUGUGAGUGUCGGCUGUAUGUAGAGGGGUUGGCAUGUGACCGCUGUAAGCCUCUCUACUGGAAUCUAUCUCCUGAGACAGUCUAUGGAUGUUCAACUUGUGAAUGUAAUACAGUAGGAACUAUGAGUGAGGUUGCAGAGUGCACUCAGAACACGGGCCAGUGUUACUGUAAACCCAACGUGUGCAGUGGAACAUGCAAUGUGUGCAAAGAUGGAUACUUCAACCUGCAGAAGAGCAACUACUUUGGGUGCCAAGGUUGUCAGUGUGAUAUUGGAGGUUCUGCUGGGCAGAUGUGUGAUGACAGACAUGGGCGCUGUCGAUGCAGACCCAACGUGGAGGGACCCAAAUGCAUCCAACCCCGUCUGGAUCAUUAUUUCCCAGACCUGCACCACAUGAAGUUUGAGGUGGAAGAGGGCACUACCAAGGACGGACGUCCGGUGAGGUUUGGCUACAAUCCUCUGGAGUUUGAGAGCUUCAGCUGGAGGGGCUACGCUCAGAUGUCCCCCAUUCAGCCACGGGUUUUGGUUGAGGUGGUGGUUGGCUCUCCAGACCUGUUUCAUGUGGUCUUGCACUAUGUGAACCGUGGUGGCGUGGAUGUGAGGGGGCGGGUCUCUGUGAUCGAGGAUGACAGACACUUUGUGUGUGGUAACUGCUCUGAGCAGUCCAAACAGAUCGUCUUUGCACCCAGUUCAGAACCCAUAUUUGUCAGUGUGCCCCAGAACAGCUUUGUGGAGCCAUUUGUCUUGAAUCCUGGAACCUGGACUGUGAUUAUAGAGGCAGAGGGUAUUCUUCUGGACUACUUGGUGCUGUUGCCCAGUGCAUAUUAUGAGGCUCCCAUCCUGCAACUUAAAGUGACUGAACCCUGUUCUUACAGCCACAUACAGGAUGCAAGUCAGAACUGUCUGCAGUACAUGUAUCUAUCUCUAGAGGAGUUCCCGUCCAUCUCCGGCAAUGAUGCCAGUUGCAGGUCUGAUAAUCACCUGCCCAGACCUUGCCACACUGAAAAGAUCACCCCUCGCCAUCCCACCAUGGCCAUCUGCAGCGGCAAUGAUAUAAGUAUUCAGCUGCGUGGUCGCAUUCCUGUCCCUGGAAUGUAUGUGUUGGUGGUGGAGUACGCCAGUGAAGAUGAAGCCCCUCAGACUCUCACUGUGUCUGUCAACUCACCGGGCGAACGCACUCACCAAGAGCAAAUAACACUACUCCACUGCAAAUACAGUUUCCUGUGUCGAGCAGUGUCUGUAGAUGACAUGAAACGUGUAGCAGUCUUCACUCUCUCCGCAGAGGCUGAUAUUCAGCUCAUCGCUGACAGAAGCAGUUUCUUCUUGCACAAAGUGUUUCUCAUCCCUCGUGAUCAGUUCACCAUGGAGUACCUGAAGCCCAGAGUUCACUGCAUCAGCACACAUGGUCACUUCUCUCCAGACAGUGGCUCCUGUAUACCGUCUCGGUUCCAGACUCCUCCUCAGUCUCUGGUUCUGAAGGAGGGGCAGGCCUCCACUGUUCCUGAUCCGGUUCUAGCUUCAGCCCCUGACUCAACCCUAUAUGCUGACAGACCCUCUACCUCCACACCACCAACCGCAGCUGAUAACAGUGAACACAUGCUUCUGGACUCUUCUCAGAAUGCUGUUGUGUAUUCCACCCGUGUACACGCACUGGGUCGUUAUGCGUUCAUCCUGCAAUACCAUCAGCCCAUGCACCCAACCUUCCACGUCCAGGUCUACAUCAAUGGAGGACGGAUAUGGCAGGGCCAUGUCAGUGCAUCCUUUUGUCCCCAUGGUUAUGGUUGCCGUAGUGUUGUCAUGUCAGAGAAGCAGAUUUUCCUGGAUGUGACAGACCAUGAGGUCAUCCUGACCCUUCGUGUUUCAGACAGGAAGACACUAUGGCUGGACUAUGUGUUGGUGGUACCGGAGAGCAGUUACAGUUCCAGCUUUUUGAAAGAGGAGCCACUUGACAAAUCCUACGACUUUAUUAGCAACUGUGGACAAAAUAGCUUCUACAUCAAUCCUUCCACAGCUUCUCAGUUUUGCCGCAACUCUGCUGUGUCUCUGUCUGCAUUCUUCAAUAAUGGCGCUGUGCCCUGUGGCUGUCAUGAGGUUGGUGCUGAGAGUGACACCUGCGAGACCUUCGGUGGGCAGUGCAGGUGUAAACUCAACGUGAUUGGCAGAGACUGUUCCCAGUGUGCCACAGGCUAUUACGGCUUCCCCAACUGCAGACCAUGUAACUGUGGUACGCGUCUGUGUGAGCCUGUCACUGGUGACUGUAUCUGUCCUCCACGUACCCUGCAGCCGGACUGUGUCACCUGUGAGCCGCAGACAUUUGGCUGCCAUCCUCUGGUGGGCUGUGAGGUGUGCAACUGCUCCAGACCUGGAGUCACCUCACUGGACAUCAGCUGUGACACACACAAUGGCCAGUGCAGGUGCAAGAACAACAUUGUUGGGCGUCAAUGUGACAGAUGUGCCCCGGGUUUCUAUGGAUACCCCAACUGCAGACCUUGUGACUGUAAUGAGGCAGGAACUGAGAUAGAUGUGUGUGACUCAGUCACAGGCCGCUGUUUAUGCAAGGAAAAUGUGGAGGGCUCUCGCUGUGACCAGUGCAAACUGGGAACGUUUCAUUUGGACCCCACUAAUGCUAAAGGCUGCACCAAAUGCUUCUGCUUUGGAGCAACUGACCGCUGCCGCAGCUCUGACAAACGCAGAAAUGAGAUCAUGGACAUGGCUGGUUGGGUGCUGUUGAGAAGUGACAGACAGGAAGUGCCUGUGUCUGUAUACCUUGAUCAAGACCUGGUGGAGGCCGAUCUGAGUGAUGUACCUGACGUUUCCCAGGACCUUCACUGGCAUGCCUCCGGUGCUUACCUCGGCGAUAAAGUGUCAUCUUAUGGAGGCUAUCUGCGCUAUCGUUUGCACACACAGACAAUGCGGGGUGAUGCUUUUCUUCCCAUCGAGACCAUUCGUCCAGACAUUAUACUCAAGGGGAAUCAGAUGACUUUGGUGUACAUGGAAAGAGAGUAUUCCUCCCCCGAAGAGCCCCAUGAAGGAAUUGUUCACCUGGUAGAGGAGAGUUUCAGGCAUGGCCAGACAGGAAACUCAGUGUCCCGUGAAGAGUUGAUGAUGGUAUUGGUGGCGCUGGAGUCUCUUCAGAUAAGAGCUCUGCACUCUCAGUCUGCACAGUCUUUGUCCUUGCGUGCUGCUGUGCUGGAGGGAGCUGAGAACCUGCUAGCUGGUCACCAUGCCAACAACGUUGAAAUUUGUCUCUGCCCAGGAAACUAUUUAGGAGAUUCCUGUCAGCAAUGUGCUCCAGGUUACUACAGAGACACUAAAGGCCUCUUCCUCGGGAAGUGUGUUCCCUGCCACUGUAACGGUCAUUCUGAUCAGUGUCUGGAUGGCUCUGGCAUAUGUGUGAACUGUCGUCACAACACUGCCGGAAACCAUUGUGAAAAGUGCCAGGGUGGAUUUCAUGGUAACAACACUUUGGAUGGUCAUGCGGUAUCCUGCUCCAGUUGCCCCUGCCCACUGCAAGUGGCAUCAAACAAUUUUGCCAUUCGCUGUGUGGAAAAGCGCAAUCACAUGCAGUGUCUUUGCAUGCCUGGAUAUGCCGGAUCCAAGUGUGAGAGAUGUGCUCCAGGUUACUAUGGAAACCCCAUGGUGAUCGGCAGCACGUGUCAGCCUUGCAACUGCAAUGGAAACUCAGACCCCAAUGCGUUGUUCAGUGACUGUCAUCCUUUGACGGGCGAGUGUCAGAGCUGCAUGCACAACUCCGCCGGCCCUCACUGUGAAAUCUGCGCCCCUGGUUUCUAUGGCGAUGCCAUCACUGCCAAGAACUGCACUAGAUGCAACUGUUCUCCUUGUGGCACUGCACAUUGUGACCCUCACACUGAACAGUGCCACUGUAAGCCUGGUGUAGUGGGAGCACACUGUGACCGCUGUGACGAUGGUGCAUUUGGUUUUGAUUUGUGCACUGGCUGUCGUAAGUGUGAUUGUGAUGCUGCAGCGGCACUGGUUCAGCAAUGUAAUCCUGUUAACGGAUCAUGUUCCUGUCGGCCUGGGGUUAACGGACCGAACUGCCAUCAGUGCGCUCCAGGUUACUGGGACUAUAGCCCGAAUGGCUGCAAGAAGUGUGAGUGUAAGGGAGGUCGCUGUGACCCUCGUACAGGGGAGUGCCGCUGUGCAGAAGGUCUAACAGGAAAGCAGUGUGACACGUGUGUUAAUAAACACAGCGUCCCUGUGCAACAUGGAACAGAUGUGUACUGUCAGCCUUGUGACAGCUGUGUGGUGGUGCUCCUGGAUGAUCUGGACAAGAUAAACCAGCUUUAUCAGUCUGUUGCCCAGCAGCUGACCAGCCUCAACACCAGCUCAGUCGCUUGGGCUCAACUAAGCCGACUGAAUGCGUCUAUGGGGAACAUUUCUAAUGCCAUAGCAAACUAUAACCGCACUCUGGAUGAGAGCAGGAACCGGGCCGACAUGCUGGAGGAAGAGCUGCAGACCAUCGACUAUGACAUUAAAGAGUUAGAGGAAAAGGCCUCAGUCACACUAAAGAAGGGAUCGAAUUUAGAGGACAAUACCAACUCCACAUAUAAGAGAGCAGAAGACCUGCUUGGCUUCAUCAAAGGCAUCAUGGGAGAUGUGCACGGCAUUAUCAAACAUGUGAACCAAACACUGCAGAAUGAGACCAAUGUGAUAAGUGAGAAGGAACUGAUUCGGAAUAUAGCAGAGGUUGAGUCCAUGCUAAGAGACAUGCGUUUCAGGGGCUUUGAUUUCCAGAGGAGACUAGCAGGAAAUGAGCUGGACCAGGCCAACAAGUUGGUAGAUCGUGUCAAGAAUGAGAUCACAAACCGCACAGUGAAUAAUGAGGCUGUGGCAAAGAACAUCAGAAAUAAACUGAACCAGUUCAAUCAGCAGCUCGUGGACCUGAGAGACGCUCUCAAUGAGGCAGUCAACAACACUGCACACACUGUAGAGGCCAACAACAUCAACCAGAAACACCUGGAGGAGGUCCAGAAACGAAUCAAUGACCUGCGUGAGAAGUAUAAAGAGGUGGAGAACUUGUUGCAAAUGGCAGAGGAUGAUGUGACUCAGGUCAACGACAUGCUCUCCAUGCUUCAGGACUCCAAAGAGGAAUAUGAGCGUCUGGCCGCUCAGUUGGAUGGAGCAAGACAGCUGCUAGUGGACAAGAUGCAGAAGUACGCGCCAUCCGCCACUAAAAUUCCGCUGGUGGAGAAAGCAGAGAGACAUGCCGAAAUGCUGGACCAGCUAGCCAAGAAUCUAACCAGUCUGAUAUCGGGCUCCAGCCAAGGCAGUUUCAUACAGCGAGCUCUGAAUGCAUCUCGUGCGUACACUAAUAUUAUAAACAGUGUGCAGGAAGCUGAGACUGCAGCUAAGACAGCCAAUGAAUCUGCUACUGAGGCUCUGGAGAACAUAAAAGACAAAGAUCUGCCCCAAAAGGCUGUUACUCUGAAGAACCAGAUUAUUGAUCUUGUGAAGGAGGCAGAGGAACUGAAAAACCAAAAUCAAAGUCUGAAGCCCCGCUUGGACUCCAUAAAAAAGAGUUUGGAGAAUGCCACAGAGAAGAAAGAGAACAUGCUCAAUGACCUGAAAAACAUCCAGAAAAACCUCAACUUCAGCCGAGAAGACAUUGAGAAUGACAUUGCAGCAGCUAAGAGUGCUGUCGAGCAGGCUAACAACACAGUGACUAAUGUGAGCAACACACUGGCUCCAAUUCAGAAGCAGCUGGAGGAAUGGCAGAAGCAGUACGGAGACUCCAACACCACCGCUGACGAUAUCAACAAAGCACUCAGUGAUGCUAAUACAUCAGUGGCAGCCCUGAGUGGCACUCUUCCUCAGCUGAUAAAGAAGUUGGACCGUCUGCAGAACACCUCGUUUCAGCCAUCCAACAUCUCUGACAGCAUACAGAGAAUCCGGCAGCUCAUUGAGCAGGCUCGCAAUGCUGCCAACAAGGUGAGCGUGUCAAUGCAGUUUAACGGUACCACAGGAGUACAGGUGAGGACACCCAGUAACGUGGCCGAUCUGGCAGCCUAUUCAUCGCUUCAGAUGUACAUCAAACUCCCUCGUAGCGCACGUAGACGCCGCCAAACUGCAACCGCCAAGCCCCAGUUUGUCUUCUACCUCGGCAACAAAGAUUCUACUAAGGACUAUAUGGCAAUGAUGCUGGAAGGGAAAAGGCUGCACUGGUACUUUAAUGUGGGAGGAGAGACAGCACAGGUGCUGAUACAAGAGGACGUGCAGAAAGAUUACUUCAACAAACUCGUUCUGGAGAGGACGCUACAAUACGGGCAGACGGCAAUGUCCAUGGACCUGGAUGGCACGAAAAUAGUUAAACAAAGCAUGGAGGCAGGAGGGGACAAGGGCCUACUCAAUUUACCAGCUAAGGAUACAGUGUUUUAUGUUGGUGGUUAUUCUAGCACAUUCAAACCUCCAGUGGAUCUGAACAUGUCAACUGCAAACUUCUUCACGGGCUGCAUUGAAUUGCUUAGUCUAAAUGAAGAGCUAAUCAGCCUCUAUAACUUUGAGGAAACCUACCAAAUGAACACCACUACUGAGCUCCCAUGUUCAAGGCAGAGGCCAACAAACACACCAGAAUGGGUAGUUGAUGGAGUAUAUUUUGAUGGUUCGGGCUAUGUCGAAGUUUUGUUUGAAGCACGCACUGACGACCGCCUGUUUGAGCAGCAAGUCAAACUCAUCUCGCAAAAUGGAAUUAUAAUGUUGUUCCACAGAGGGGAUAAGUACUUGUGUGUGGCCAUGUAUGAGGGUUUUCUGAAGCUCUUCCAUAACGUUGAAGGAACACUGAUAUAUCAGCCAUCGUCAGAAAAUCUGUCAAAAAUCAGUAACGCUCAGCCCCAAAAUAUGGAUGUUAUCUUUCAACUUAACAAAAAAGAAAUGCAAGUGAGGAUACGUCGUCAAAAGAUGUUCACACUUAUGAGCAAAGAGCUCAACUUCACAGGAAGCUACUUCCUGGGCGGAGUACCAGAGGAUCGGAUGCCCGAGAGUCUUAAGAGCAUGUUCCCAAAGCGGGGCUCCAUUAAGGGUUGCAUGAGGCAAAUUAAGGCCCUGAGAAGCUUUGUUCAAUUGAAGACCAUGAAGAGUUCAGGGAUCAGCUACGGCUGUCCUGACAACCUGCUGUUUACUCGUGAGGCACAUUUCGCUGGUGAAGGUUACCUAAGUUUAAAAUUGGAUGGUGUACCAGAUGUCCCAGAUAACUUUUAUGCUGGCAUUGGCUUCAGGACAGAUCAACAGAACGGCCUUAUGUUUUAUCAUCAAGGCCAGAGUGAUGUGUGUCAGGUUAUCUUAGACAGUGGCCAUGUAGUAGUCAGUGCUGGCAAAAACGAGGUCAGGUCACAGAAGUCAUACAACGAUGACAACAGUCACUAUGUUGCAUUCUACAGCAAUGCAGAUGGGUUGCGCAUUUAUAUAGAUGAUGUGCUUGAGAGUGGAGGAGAAACUGGGGGUAGCAGUACGGCCACCAGCAGGGCAGCGCUGCAGUCUGACAUUACCUAUGUGGGCGGUACACCGGAGUCAAAGGACCUCACCAACCUCACCGGAUGCCUCAGCAACUUCUUUAUCAAGAGAAUUAAUGAACCACAGACCGUAGAGGAUCUGAAAAAAGCUGAAGAUGGACGCAAGUACACAUUUAAGUGCCAAGGUUCUUCAGAGCCACUGGAGAUCCUGGAUUCACCAAGGAGAAAGAAUCCAAAGAAGGCUCUUGGAAGUUCGAGAAGCCGCAUGGCACGUGAGUCCUGCCAGGGUGAGACGGCUGUCCAGGAGGUCGACGCCUACCAUUUCAGUGGCUCCUCCCACAGCCAACUGCGAUUUGACACACUGCCUAAGGAGUUUAGCAAAGCGCCACACAUCUCUCUCAGUGUGCGUGUAAACUCUACUAAUGGACUGAUCUUCCACGUGGCGGGAGGAAAAAGCCUGAGAACCAUGACACUCUUAGUGUCUGAUGGCCACCUGGUGUUGCUGGUCAACGGUGGAAAGAGGAAGGCCAGCUUCCGCAGCAAAAAGAAAAACAAAGAUGGCCUAUGGCACACGGUCUUUGUAAAAGUGGAGGGUGACAGGGCCUUUCUGACAGUGGAUGGAAUCGAGACCCAGAACAAGAAAGUGACAUUUGGAGGGAAGAGUGUGUUUGGUGCUCCCCUCUACAUCGGUGGACUUCCCUCAGACCACAUUGCAGCUAUGCCUGGUUUCAUUGGCUGUGUGAGAGAUUUGAAGCUGAAUGAAGAGGUGCUACAGAGCCCAUCUCACAGUGUAGGGGUGGUACCCUGUUUCCAGCAGCUCCUGCAGCCAGGUGUUUACUUCCCAGGUCAGGGAGGAUAUCUGAUCAUUGAUCAAUCACUGGUGUUGGGUCGAGACCUGGAGAUCCAGUUGGAGGUUCGUCCAGUUUCUGAUUCCGGGCUUUUGCUGCAUGCUGGAGCGAAGAGAAAUCAACAGCUGAGUCUCUAUCUGAACCAGGGCCAGGUGACUGUGUUGGUGAACAGUGGAAGUGGAGAGUUUUCAGUGAGUCUCACACCAGAGGAUUCACUCUGUGAUGGAAGUUGGCACAGUCUUGCAAUUGUGAAGAAGAGUAACGUUAUCCAGUUACAUGUGGAUGCAGCGAGUGAGCAUGGAGUCGGCCCCAAAGUGAGCAGAUCAAAUGGGGGCAAAGAGACUGUCUAUCUGGGCAGCAUGCCAGAUGCCAUGGAGGUGCCAGGUCUUCCUUCUGGACUCCCCUCUUUCAGUGGUUGUGUGAGGAAAGGCAUUCUGAACCACAGGUCUGUCACACUGUCGAAACCCUUCUUAGUGUCUGGAGCGGUGGGGACGCAGGGCUGUCCUGCCUCAUAGUCCAAAACUGCAUUGCCACCAAAUACGUACUGACACUAUCAAAUCAACGGGUGGUGGGUUUGCUUUAUAUCGUUUAAGCAAUAAAAAAAAAAAAAAAUUUUUAAAAAAGAUAUUUAUAUUUUUCACGACACCCUUGUAUGUAGUUGUUAAAAAAAAAAAGCACCAAGUGCAGAGAAGCCAACAAUAAAUGUUAAUGUUCAGAGCUGCAAGCAGAGGGGUGUCCAGAGGAAUGCUGAAGAAGGGACUGCCGACAGAGAACUGGACUAAUAUUAUUUCAAAUUUAAAUAGUACAUAUAAUCAUGAACAUUGACAAUUGAAAUUGACCAAUCACCAUUAAAUGUAUUUAUGGUACUAUUUAACUGUAUGAAAACACUGGAGGUCAAUUUAUUGUGGAUAUUCCCAAGAAUCUCACCAUUUACUGUAGAACCACACCUUUUAAGGAAUUCAUUUUGUAUUAUCUAAAAUCACUGGAGUUAAACUCUAGUAAAAAAGUUAUUUUUGUCACUUUUGAGAUUGUGUCCAGU